AAUUUGAACGCUGGAAUCAACGAACGCGCACUGCUUGCUCCCACGCCCGUACUGAGAUCAUCAGCGAAAUGUUAUUAGAAUUUCUGGCACUGUUUGGCAUUGCCUUUGCGCUGUUCUAUCGCUGGGCAACGGCAAACAAUGACUUCUUCAAGGAGCGCGGUGUUAGCUUUGCCAAGCCAAAGCUCUAUUUUGGCAACAUGGCACAAAUGUUUCUAAAACAAAAGGCCAUGUUUGAUAUCGUGUGUGAUUUGUACAACAAAGGCGGCAGCAACAAAGUUUUUGGCAUCUUCGAGCAGCGCCAGCCACUGCUGAUGAUCCGCGAUCCGGAACUUUUGCGGCAAAUAACCAUCAAGGACUUUGAUCACUUUAUUAACCAUCGCAAUAUCUUUGGCACCGGCACCGACGAUGAUCCACAUGAUAUGAGCAAUCUCUUUGGCAGCUCGCUCUUCUCCAUGCGCGAUGCACGCUGGAAGGACAUGCGCAGCACUCUCAGUCCCGCCUUUACGGGCAGCAAAAUGCGACAAAUGUUUCAGCUUAUGAAUCAGGUGGCCAAGGAGGCGGUGGAUUGCCUGAAGCCCGCGCAGACGGCAGCCGGAGAAGGCACGGAUCUGGACAUGAAGGAUUACUGCACACGCUUCACCAACGAUGUGAUUGCCUCCACGGCCUUUGGCCUGCAGGUGAACUCGUUCAAGGAGCGCGACAACACCUUCUACUCGAUGGGCAAGAAGUUGACUACAUUCAGCUUUCUGCAGAACCUCAAGUUCAUGAUAUUCUUUACACUCAAGUCGUUGAAUAAGUACCUCAAAAUUGAUCUCUUUGACAAGAAGAGCACAGAAUAUUUUUGCCGUUUGGUUCUGGAUGCCAUGAAGUAUCGACAGGAGCACAACAUUAUCCGCCCCGACAUGAUCAACAUGCUGAUGGAGGCGCGCGGUCUGUUCCAGACGGACAAGACCAAGACGACGGUGGUGCGCGAGUGGAGCGAUCGCGACAUUGUGGCUCAGUGCUUUGUCUUCUUCUUUGCCGGCUUUGAGACCUCCGCGGUGCUUAUGUGCUUCACGGCCCAGGAGCUGAUGGAGAACGAGGAUGUGCAGCAAAAGCUGUACGAGGAGGUGCAGCAGGUGGACAUCGAUUUGGAUGGCAAGGAACUAACAUACGAGGCCAUCAUGGGCAUGAAGUACUUGGAUCAAGUUGUCUCCGAGGUGCUGCGCAAGUGGCCCGCAGCCAUAGCCAUAGAUCGUGAGUGCAACAAGGACAUAACCUACGACCUGGAUGGCCAGACCUUGGAGAUCAAAAAGGGUGACUACAUCUGGCUGCCCACCUGCGGCUUCCAUCGGGAUCCCAAAUACUUUGAGAAUCCCAGCAAAUUCGAUCCCGAGCGCUUCAGCGAUGAGAACAAGGCCAACAUCCAGCCAUUCACAUAUUAUCCCUUUGGCCUGGGACAACGCAACUGCAUUGGUUCCCGCUUUGCCCUGCUCGAGGCCAAGGCUGUCAUUUACUAUUUGUUGAAGGAAUAUCGCUUUGCUCCAGCCAAGAAAUCCUGCAUUCCCCUGCAGCUGGCCAGCAAUGGCUUCCAGCUGACGCCCAAAGGUGGAUUUUGGGUCAAAUUUGUUCCGCGCAAUUAAUUUCUAUGCUGUGCCACAAUGCUUGUUAUAAUUAUUAAAUAUUUGCCUAAAAGUA